AUGACUGAAAGGUGGAUCGUUGGCCCACAAGACACUCAAUUUUACACCAGAAUCUAUGCACCUUUGUCAGGUACUCCUCGCGCCCUCGUUGUCUUCGUUCACGGCUUCCAAGAACACGUCGGUCGGUACACGCACAUACAUCCAUCUCUCGCAGAAAAUGGUAUUGUAUUGUGGGCCUUUGACCAACGUGGCUUUGGACGAACAGCACUGGACAAUGAGUGUCGCAGUAAAAAUAGCUCUUGGGGCAAAACAGGAUGGUCAGACCAGAUGCAGGACGUGGACUGGGCGGUGCGUACAGCACGGGAAGAGUUUCCCGGUGUACCAGUGUUUUUGAUGGGUCACUCCAUGGGUGGUGGCGAGGUGUUGAGUUUCGUGACCCAGCAAUCCUACGAAAGCCCGCGUCAUGCAGAAACCGUGGUCUCAUUGACCGGAGUUAUUGUUACUAGUCCCUUGAUCAAACAAACAAUACCCGCGUCCAAAACCCUGCGUUGGCUAGGGGGAAAAGUCGCAACUAUAUCACCAUAUAGCCUGAUCCCCGCUGCUGUCAGCCCUGACGACCUAUCUCAUUCACCGGAAUUUAACGACGCGUACUCCAAAGACCCACUGAUCAAACCAACGGGAUCCCUGAGAGGAAUUGGAGAGAUGUUAACGGAAGGCGAAAAAUUGCUAUCGACAGGAUGCCAUCACUGGCCAAAGAAGAUUCCAGUCCUAUUUAUCCACGGCGACGCCGACAAAGUUACGUCUGCGAAGGCUACACAAACAUUCUUCAAAGUUAUCGACGCAGAGGAUAAACAAAUUAUAAUAUAUCCCGACGGGUUACACGAACUACAAAAUGAGCCUCCAUCCAUCCGCCAAAAAUUCGUAACGGACAUUGUCUCUUUCGUCCAAGGUCGAACCUCCACUCCUGUAGCGCAGCCUAAUUCCACACAUGAACACACAGGCAGUAAUGACAAUAAUGCCGGUGUUACCGUUGCUUUGCCCUUAUCAAGUUCUAGUGCACCCAAUUCCACAGAUCCUAACACACAAUUGUCGCUGGAGAUUGAUCGGGAUGGGGAUGACAUGAAAGUUACGCCGAAAUUGUAA